GGCAGUUAUUUCUACAUCUACUAUCCAAAAGAUGUGUAAUCGAGAAGAUGUUGGUUUGCUUUUCCUUAUUCAAAAAUAAUAGCAUUAUAUAUAAUCCUCGCGAGUGUACUUCUGUUGUCUUGUUCUACGAGACUAGCAAGCAAAACAUGAAGCUCAGCUUCGAGUUUGAGUUUGUCUGACUGCGUGUACGUGUUGCGAGGAGUUGGGGAGCUUGUCGUUGAGCUGUCGUUGAGCUGACGCGUCCUUGUCCGAAGCGCAGCCCUGAAGCAAGAUGGACGCGGGAAAGGGAGCCGGUAUUUCUUCAUUGUUACAGCAGAGGAGUCAUUGUUACAGCAGAUCCAGCUAGACGAUACGUUCAUGAUUAUUUUGAUGAUAAGUUGUAGAAAAAUCCUCUACAACUGAUAUAAGUAGAAGAUUGAACGGCUCCGGUAUUUGGUAACCUGAAUUUGAUCAUAAGGGAAAACAAGAAGAGAACCCUUAUGAUCAAAUUCAGGUUACCAAAUACCAGAGCCAUACAAAGAUGAUAGUACAUCAACUGAGAAGGGUACUAUGAUCUACUAUGUUGCUUUAAUACUUGCAGUUGUUCUCCAUCCUCUUCCUCGACUUCAGAUGGCUCUGGCUCCGCGGUUCCACCCGAAAAGAUGGUGGAAAAAGGCCAUAUGUUGCUGAGAAAAGGCGAGCAGCUGAUCGCAGUGGGAGAGAGCGAGAAGGGCCAGCAGCUCCUUCACAAAGGAAAGAAGGUGAUUCAGCAUUUCGCACACCAACUGAAAGGUGAUCAUACUGCAGGAGGAGCUUCAAAAAGUGAUACUGGAGGAGCAGGUGGAGGUACGGGCAUGGGAGGAAUGGGCAUGGGAGGUUCCUCUGGCAGUACUAUGGAUCAUAACGCUGGUGGUCAGCAUCUUCAUGCAGGAACAUUACAACAAAUGGGAGGUACAACAGAGCAGCCUCAAGCUGCCGCGACGCAUCAGCAUCCUGGGAGUGGUGCAGCAUUUCCAGGAGCCAGCGGCCACAUGGGAGGAGCCUAUCCUGGCAGUGCUGGUGCUAUGAUCGGACAUGGAAUGUCCAUGUCAGCGGCCGCUUCUUCAGCAACGGGCGCGAAUCUGAUUCCUUCUUCAUCAGAUGCAGCUUCUUCCUCAGGUACUACGACCGUCAUCACGAGGACUACAGCAGGCGGCCAAGGAGGUCAAACAACUGCGCCUACGGGACAGAUCACCCCUGUUUUAACCGCGCAGGCUACAGCGCCACUAGUUCCCUCAGCUGGUGGGCCCAAAGAUCCUUACGCUGCUGCAGGAGGAAAGUAUGGCGGCGGUGGAAAGUUUUUCGUCAAAGGUGGAGACCCAUAUGGCGGAAAACACCACUACUACCAACAUCAACACUACUUGCACUACGACCAUGCGUCAAAGGGAAAACACACGUUCCAUGGAAGCGGUUACGGCGCCCUGAAAGCCGGUAUCGGUAAAGACCCUAAUAUUAAAGGUGAGCACUAUAAUGGAGGUCAUAAAGGCGACCAUGCUUUUUACAUUAAGGCUAGCUACCACAAAUGAAUGGAAGAACCAUCAUCUUCACAAGCUAGCAUCCUGAGACAUCCGGGAACAACAACAAGGUAGUUCCAGGAUGUGUCCCAAGAUGGAUCUUCUUGUUGGGUAGCUCUAAUUACAACAAUGGGAGUCACUACAAUCAUGGCUACGGUAAAGGCGGUCCAGAGCACGGCUACCAAUUGGCUUUGAAGGGUGGCGCUGGAGACAAGGAUGGCCACAUGCACAAUGAGGGGGGCAAGCGCGGCCAACAGCGCGGCCACAUUGAGAAUUAAGGCUCUUCAAGAAGACAAUUCAUGUCUAGCUGCGGCCAUCUUUCCCUACUUGUUCCUUCUCAGGUGGAUUGGGAGAAAUGCAAGCAAGAGGUUGAAUUGCUUCAACCUGAACCUCUAAGAGAAGCUAGACCUGCCAGGUAGCCUAGUGGAGCCUUUUUUGUGGACACUAGUGAUCGUGCCGUUAGCGCCUAGCAUGUCCUCUGUAUGGCUAUUGCAUAACAUCCUGAACGAGUGCGGGCAAGUGGUGCAGUUCCAUCGGGAACCCGAGUUCUGCUUCGUGCAAUACGGAGACGCGGCUCACGCCUACUGCGCGGUCACGUGUCUCAACGAAAAAGAACUAGACGGCCGUACACUAAGAGUCCUACCCGAAGAAGAAACCGAGAAGCGGCUUGAGGCUUGGAAAAUGAAGCAAAGGAGCGAAAUUUUAGCCAAACUGCAAUCCGAAAAUAGGCAGAGGGACUACACAGACGCCCAACUAGAUUUUGAACUGGAGAAAACAACGAGCGUGAAACAAGCGGCCUUGGACAUGCGUAUACAGAAUUACGUACGCCCAGAGGUGCCUCUACAAGUGUCGGACAUGCUCUCUCCGGAGAUUGGACCAGCGAAGCCACCAGCGGUAAAAGAUCAAACUUCAUGAUCUAAAAAUGCCAAAAAUAUUGUUGAAGUGAAUUUCGAUUUCCUCAUUCCUACGUUUGUUCCUGACUGAGUCCACCUUCUUCUAAUAUUUAUAAAUAUGUUCCUCUUUUUUAUGAAACGAAAAAGCGCACUCAUCCUCAAGAAAGUAGGCACUUCCUAAGUAGGAAAAAACCUCUUUUCUUGAGUAUGAGUACUACACUUUUUUCUGUCAUAUUUUUACUGAACACUCACACUCUCCACCAGGCUGGCCAGGAUGACGGCAAGCAGCAGCAGAACAACAUCAAGUUAAGGCUACCACAAAGCACAAAAGAAUCCAUAUUAUUCUUUCACAGACAUCCUGAGACCGUUUUAAGGGGGGAAAGGUUCCGCGAUACGUUCCAAGAUGUUGGGUUUCUCUUAGUUCUAAUCAAGGCAAGUAUUAAUCGAGGUGGAGCACUUUCAGCUAGAUUUGAUACUAGCGCUGGGAUGCGAAGGAAACGCGCAAAAUUGAUCGACGAGAUCCGCCUGCACGAAAAACGAAGGAGAGUCCUGGAGAUCAUCGCUGAUUGCCGGGAUAUCGAAGCUGAAAUACAAGAGAUGAAAAGACCAGUGAAUCUCUUCUCGGAGCGCAAGUUCAUCACGGAACCUUCGAGAUGGAAAAAGCUGGCAAGACACUGCGCACAUACCCUCACUCGUGAUUACGAAUCACAAUUAGUUGUAGUGUAGAAGUACUCUUUAGUAGUAUAUAGUACUCUUUAGUGUAGAAUCACCUAUAGUACUCUUUAGAAGAGUUUUGAUUAACAAGAACUCUCGUCUAUUACUUUUGGUGAACAAGAUGAGUACUGGUGCUCUUAGUACUACUACUAGUCAACUAAGAAAAAAAUUAUCCUUUUAAGGUCGGAUAUCAACAGAUCACUUACCACCUGGGUUUACAACUUUUAGUCUAGUUCUAAGAGGAGCAAGUGAUGCAGACGACGUUCCAUCCAGUGAAACUGCGGCGAAGCGGAGUUCUUAGUGCGAAAGUGCGACCUUGGUUGCUAGAAAAUCUGCAUCAUCUCUGUGCGAGCACACAGCUCGAGCUCGUUGAACUACUGCUACAAAAGAUCGCUAGUUCACCACUGCCGGUAAAACCACGGUCCGGGUCAAACGAGGGUGACAAGGAGAAUCCAGGCGCUGCAGAUAGUAACAAGAACAAGACUUGUUCUUUUUACAAGGCUGUGCCAUCAUCAGCUACUUCUACCUCCUCUGCUGCAGCUGGUGCGGGAAACGCUAGUGAAGGUACCAGUGCUGCGAAAAGAAGCAAAUCCCUAACAUCAAAAACAGAUGUAAAAAAGGAAAAGCAGCCUGACGAUACGUCGAUCCCACUAGAGGGCUUCAAUGCGCAGGAUCUAGUGCGCGAGCUGAGCCAAUACGGAGACGCUGUCUUGGUCGAGGACGUAGCGGAACGCCUCUGGCGCAUGAUGAUUUUCGAACUCCGUCGUAUGGGCUUGAGGGCAGCAGUCCGGGUUCCGGGUGAGGUGGGGCCAUUAGCAGGAGUUGAGGACACCUUGCUUCAGAAAGUGGCAGAACAAGAGGAAGAAGAUGAACAGGAUUAUACAUAGCAGGUAAAAAUGUGUUGUCUCCACUUCUAGCAGAACAGGAGAAAGAAGAUGGACAGGAGGACUAGGUCACCUAUAAUUUCUUCUCUCCACUUGCACUUCUAGGAGUACCAAGAACAGGGUAGACGUAGUAGAUGUUGAACUCUCCUCUAUCUCUGCAGAUGAACUCCGGAAAUGAAUUCCCCAUCAUCUUCUGAUCAACGUGGCGAAACUAGAAGUAGUUUUCAACUCCUGGAGUAGAUAGUAUACAUAGUUAUAGUUUGUUUGCUCUCAACACGAAAAUGAUCAAGAUGAAUCUAGUUUUUCCCCCACGCUAUCAUCACACGAAAUCUUCACAACGCGCAAUAUUAAAAACGGGCCUUUUAAGGGCCAACGUCCCAAGCUCCCACCAACGCUGACCCUAGGAUCAUAUGGACCUGGUAAUACUCUGACUCUCCUAACAACAGGAACAGGAUGAGGGAUCACUCGUCAAUCUCUAAUGGGAAAUUCCUUUAUUGAUGAGCAGUCGGAAUCUUCGAGGUAGAAGAUGAUGAGAC